UCUACAAGCAAAUAACACAACAAACAUAUACAUUUUCUUCGAUAUCCUUGAAUCCAUUAUGAAGUGUGUGAUGUGCCGUAAGCCAACUGUAUCGCCGUUUUCCACGUUGCACAAGUUCCACGUUUGCGUUUGCUUACAGGAGCACUAUCAAUGUAUGAAAUGCGAUGUGGCACAGAGGCUUCAAUGUGGUUUGUGCGGCCGUGCAACCUUAGUGAUCCACGUGGACAUGAGAUUCGUUAACAGAACUGAGAUGGAAACGCCCAAACAUGAUGCGAUUAGUAAUAAUGAUAGCUAUGAUAAUGAUAGUGACAGUAGUUGGCAGAGUAAAACCGAAAGCUAUUGGACCGUCGUGGAAAAUGAUCGUUCUCAUUCGCUUGAUUCACCUAGAGAGUCCAUUAACUUACCCCGAAGUAGAAGUAGUUCCAAAGAAUAUACAAGGGAUAGGCAUCCAGUAUAUUCCAAAGAAAACACAGCUCGCAAGAAUUAUAAAGCUGAACCUGCAGAAGAGGCAGAAGUUGACGACGACAUAGGAUCCUGUAUUCAACUCAAAAGAUCUCCUGCACUUACUCUAUUACCAACAAGAGAAUAUACAAGGGAUAGGCAUCCAGUAUAUUCCAAAGAAAACACAGCUCGCAAGAAUUAUAAAGUUGCAGAAGAGGCAGAAGUUGACGACGACAUAGGAUCCUGUAUUCAACUCAAUAGAUCUCCUGCACUUACUCUAUUACCAACAUGUGGCAAAAGUGGAAAUGGCAAACCAUAUUUGGAAUGUUCUACCAAAAUGUGUGAGCCACAGAAACCUAAUCCCAUUCAAGAGAUUGAGGCUAGAAGUUUGGACGCCUAUGCCGUCGAAGAAAUGCGUUUGCUAAUGGGUUGUCCCUAUAAAGCGAAGAAGUCCGUAGAUCCAGAAACCAAAGCGAUGGAAUCCAACAAGGAUAUACGAUUAUAUAGCAAAGAAGAAAGACAAGCACGAAUAGAUUAUGUUAACAAGAAAUAUCAGUACCUCAAUCUGCAGCAGAAGUAUUUAGCAUUUGGGUGUCAGUUUCUGACGAAGCGACGACAUUUGGAGUGGCUGACAUCGGAACCCAAAUGUGGAUCAGUCCAUAAUGGAAUGUCCCUAGUUCGGCGAGUUCUCCAUCCUCGCUCAAAUGCCAGUGAACAGCGAGCUGAAAUCAUUGAACUUCCGGAAGAUUUUGAUGAACAUCUUUAUUGCAGAGUGGCAUUACCUUUUCCAUUUAUCCGUCUGGAGAAGUCACAAUUUCUGGGCCAUUGCCCGCAACCAAAUUGCCAAAAAGCACUCUAUAAGUAUAACAUCGCUUUUCAUCUAACACUGCAACACAAGGACUGGCUAGUGAAGUACUUGCCAUUGAAUAAGGCAUUCAGUUUUGAAUUGGAUUUGAAGGCUACCAGAGGGAAUGUCAAAUGCCAUGCUGUGAUACAAUUGCAAAAUGUGCUUUCUCAAUAUUCCAAGCAUCAAGUUGAUCUGUCCCUCACCAUAAUGAGCAGACAUGUGCAACUGAGUGAGAUUCUGGGUGCAUCAUGCCAAUCGGAUCAGCGAUUAACAUUCAUUUGGGCAGCCACCACAAUCGCCAACUGUUUUCCCCUGAAAGUAAACCUGACUUUGUGGCCAAAGGCAGGCAAUUCGCCUGCCGGUAGUACGAUAUCCUAUACCGGAAGUCCCUACGAUAUUAAGAAGUCCACUCGACCCCAUGAUUUGAUCAAAAGUGGUAGGGUCAUUAUGCUAACCGCGAAUCAAGUGGAUGCAUUCACUCAAAAGGGCAAGCAGAAUGUGGGCAUUCAGUUUGUGGCCAUGAUGGGAGCUGAAAAUAGGGAGAUAUAUGAAAAUUAGAAAUAUAAGCUAACAAAAUGGGAAAAAUGGGAGAUCAAGAAAGCAUAAACCAAAACCCGGCAUAAACAAAGGUGUCCUAUUUUAGUUCAAAGAACAUGUGAUUAAUUAGUUCUUUUUUUUGGAUUGGCUGUCUGCAUUUGUGCAACCUAAAUGUAGUAUUACCUACACUUUUUUGUACUCUACGUUCUUGAGCAUUCUUUAAUCAAAUUGGCUUCUUCUUUGCUCACUUCCUUCGCAUUUUUCUCUUUUGGAAAAUUAGGAAAGUGAGAAAACAGCACUGGAUGAUGUGGCCAGGACGAAGCAGGAGGGAGAAUAGAUCUAAGGAAAGCGACACUCAAUUUGCAAAAUGCAAUAAAUUGAAUGAAAAGUGUGAAAAUGAAGAGGAGUCAUCAGCAUCGGCGACAACACUAACGACCAAACAGAGACAGACGCAGUGAGACAGUGGAGUGAGCGAGAUGGAUGGAGAUAGAGCAUGGCGCUAAGAAAGCCAGAAAAUGUAAAUGAAAAUUCAAGAAAAUUUAAUAAUAAAAACAUCAGCAUAAAGUGAAACGCAUAAAAUCCAAUGAAAUGUAAAAGGCGCUCGCUGGACCUUCUUCCUGUUGUGUUCUUGCCUGCUUGCCGUCUCUUUCUCUUUCUCUGGCCGAUCACCCGUCUCUUUCCAGUGACAGUGGCGUAAGCCGUGGCCAAAAAGUAUAUUUUUAAAAUGAGCUACAAAAAAAUGUUGAAAGGUACCUA